GCCGCACCGAGCAUCACGGGUCUGCAGACACAAUCAGCUCGAUGGUUACAGUGGAUCAUGUUGUCUGAGGAGUUGCAGCUCGAUUAACUGGCGUCAAAAACUGCGUUUCAUUCGCAGUAAAACCGCGUUUUCUUGUUUCCCGUGUUGGUAAUUUUUCGCUCCCGCAGUGCUGAAGUGGCCGGAGCAGCGAGGGCGCUCCGUGUUUUCAAAGCCCGAAACAGUCGGUGUCAGGAGGAGCGGUGUUUUUGUUGAUGUCAUCCGCGGCGGUGGAGCUGUAGCGACCUUCACUUUCUCCCGGAUAAAUAAACACUCGGUUUCUCGUGCUGUUCUUCGUCUUCUUCUUCUUCUUCUUCUUCUUCUUUUCCAUUCCUGCCGUUGCCACCAGCAACGAGGAUGGGACUCCUGCCGCUGCGGUGUGUCCUGCUCCUGUCGGCGUCUCUCCUCGCAGCCGGUUCAGAUUUCCUGCCGGGAUCCGAAGCCUCCGUGCGGCCGCUCUUCGCCAGGCGUCUGAUCGCCGAGGAGGGAGCAGCGAGGGUGGCCAAGCGGUCCCUGCCCGCCUGGCUGGCCGCUCCACCGCUCCACAAGAUCAGACGCCGGAGCACCGAGCCGGGCGACUCCUGCAAAGCUCUCCAAGGAUACGACGCCAAGUUAGCGGCCAACACCCACCGUUAUACCUUCAAUGACCUGAGUGGUUCGGUGUCCCUGGCCUGGGUUGGAGAUGGCACAGGGGUCAUCCUGGCAUUGACAACUUUUCAGGUGCCCUUCUUCAUGAUAAGACUCGGGCAGUCCAAACUCUAUCGAAGUGAGAACUAUGGGAAGUCAUUCCAGGAUGUCACCAGCCUCAUCAACAACACCUUCAUCAGAUCAGAGUUUGGUAUCGCUAUCGGCCCUGAGAACUCAGGCAAAGUGAUCCUGACAGGCGAUGUGUCCGGAGGUCACGGGUCUCGAAUCUUUACCUCUGAUGACUUUGGGAAAAGUUUCACCCACAGGGACCUGCCCUUCGUCCCCCUGAUGCAGAUCACAUACAACCCUGAAAAUUCCAACGUGCUGCUCGUCCUCAGCAAGAGCAAUGAAUUGUGGCUGUCUGAAGAUUUUGGCAGCACCUGGAACAAGGCCCACAACACAGUGUGUCUGGUUAAAUGGGGAAGGAAAAACACCAUCUUCUUUACAGCCGGCCUCAACGGAUCCUGCAUUGAUCAGGGAAUGCUGGAACUGAGAAGGACGUCAGACUACGGUAAAACCACCAAGACUGUCGCCAGUAAGAUCUACUCGUUUGGCCUGGGUGGACGCUUCAUCUUUGCCUCCGUGAUGACGGGCAAGGGGACUCUGAGGAUGAUCCAUGUGUCAGUGGACCAGGGCGACACUUGGAACAUGGCCCAGCUGCCCCCUGUUGGCCACGAGCAGUUCUACUCCAUCCUGGCAGCGAACGAUGAAAUGGUCUUCAUGCAUGUUGACGAGCCGGGAGAUACAGGCUUUGGCACCAUUUAUGUAUCAGAUGACCGGGGCACCGUUUACUCCAAGUCGCUGGAGCGGCACCUUUAUACCACCACAGGGGGUGACACAGACUUCACCAACGUCACCUCCCUGCGCGGAGUCUUCGUCACCAGUGUCCUGGCUGAAGGUGACUCUGUGCAGUCUGUGGUGUCGUUUGAUCAAGGAGGGGAGUGGGUUCCCUUGAGGAAACCUGCCAACACCAAGUGUGACGCUACUGCCAAGGACCCAGAAAAGUGCAGUCUCCACAUCCACGCAGCCUACAGCACCGCUAUGAGGCUGAAUGUCCCCAUGCUGCCUCUGAGUGAACCAAAUGCUGUGGGUCUCGUCAUAGCUCAUGGGAGCGUUGGUGAUUCCAUCUCAGUGAUGAAGCCUGAUGUGUAUGUGUCGGAUGAUGGAGGGUAUACAUGGAUGAAGGCCCUCAAUGGACCUCAUCACUACUCCAUUCUGGACUCUGGAGGGCUCCUGGUGGCUGUGGAGCACAGCCCCACUCAACCUAUCAACAAGAUCAAGUUUUCUACAGAUGAAGGACAGUGCUGGGGUGUGUACAACUUCACCGAUGACCCCAUCUACUUCACCGGGCUGGCAUCGGAGCCGGGAGCUCGCUCUAUGAAUGUCAGUAUCUGGGGCUACAGAGACUCCCUCCUCAGCCAGUACUGGAUCUCCAUCACCAUCGACUUCAGGGAUCUUCUCACCAGAGACUGUGACGAUAGCGACUAUGUGCAGUGGUUGGCCCACUCAGACGACAUCAGUGAUCCCAAGGAUGGUUGCAACCUGGGCUACAAAGAGAAGUUCCUGCGUCUCAGAAAGGACUCUGUUUGCUGGAAUGGACGAGAUUACCAGGUCAACACUCAGCCGACCCCGUGUCCAUGCACCCUGGAUGACUUCCUGUGUGAUUUUGGAUACUACCGUCAAGAGAACAGCUCAGAGUGUGUGGAGCAGCCAGACCUGAAAGGAAAAGUGCUGGAGUUCUGUCUGCAUGGGAGAGAGGAGCAACUGCAGACUAGUGGCUACAGGAAGAUCCCCGGAGAUAAGUGUGAGGGAGGAAAGAUGCCUGAGCGUAAAGAGAUCGACCUCAGUAUGAGGUGUGUGAGUGACCUCGUCGGCCCACAACUUCGGGUCGACGUGCACUCCUCCAAGUCUAUUCCCAUUGUAGUAACGGUCGUCAUCGUCAUGUUACUGAGCAUCGCAGCAGGAGUCGUCUUUGUAAAGAAAUAUGUCUGUGGCGGCAGGUUCCUGGUUCACAGGUACUCUGUGCUGCAGCAACAUGCCGAGGACAAUGCUGCUGCGGAGGUAGACGACCCGCUUGAGACCAACCACACACAGAACGGGAAGAUAGUGUUUCACGAUGACUCAGAUGAGGACCUGCUUGAAUAGCAGGCGCAACCUGUCACGCAACUCAGCAACAGGUUUCCAGUCCACCUGGUGGCGGGCUGUUGUUCCUGCAUCUCUCUUGUCUCCAGCUACUUCUUCCUUUCACCCUCUAGUCUGAACGUUGGCCUCAGCGAGCAGACGAAGAGUCUGCGGCACUCAUCUGUGAAGUAUAAUGAAUGUACAGAGGCGUCUUGGGACUAAUGCACGGUUGAGGAGACCUAAGGAGAUCUCGUGGUGUUGUGCUUCAGUUCUGAUUCGAUUGGUUGAGUUUGAAUCUGCAAUUAAGCAAAGUACUGAUGCAGUCAUUAGAACUGCUGACAGCCAGAGCAAUGGGUUUUUUGAAACAAAGCUGUUUGUAUAAAUCCACCACCAUUGCAUUACGGGUCCUGCCUCUCCCAUCACCUGGGAGUGCUCCUGGAAAUUAUACUUUUCACUUCUGUUGAAGGUCUUUAUCCUUUUUCUCAUGCACUUGUACAUAAAACCUGUUUUUUAUUCCUUUUGGAUGUGGUUUCCGUUUGGAAGGUGUUAAAAGGAUUGCUGUUGGAAGCUGGUAAACAACAAUCUCAAACUACUCAAGGCUUUAUCCCCACUUUUAAUACAGUAUUUAAACUGUCUAAACAGCCAAUAAUAAGUUCAUAUUAGAGACUCCUGUCUUGGCACUGAUUUGUGAAAUCCAUUGGUGUGAUCUGUGCUUGGAAUAUGAACCUCCAUUCUUUUGUUGCUCUUCAGUACCAAGAUCCUUUCUCAAAGUAAUAAGAUGCAAGUGAAAACUUUAAUUUGCAUUAGAUUUGAUAGCAAUAAUGUCUUUAGACCCAAUGCAUUGUCCAAACACCUUAAAUAAUCCUCUUGGCACAAUAUCUCUUAAGGUCUCCAGUUGCUCCAUUUGUUGAAUGGAGAUGUUUUUGUGAAACACAUUACGUGUCAGUGUAUACGGUGGUAAAGUGUGUCUGUUUCAAGACAGGAUUUAUUUAAAAAAAAAAAUUCUGCAGUUCUAACUGCCUAAAGCACAAGGUCCUUUGUAUGCUAAGAGUUUGUAGUUUAACAAUUUUCCUAAAUGUGACCUAAUGGUUAAUGUGAUAAUGCUGUAAUAAUCACUGUAGUGUGUUUAUAAUCAUUCAAGUCGUUUUUCUACUAACUUUUGAACUCUCAUGGCAAAUGAAAAAGAAAAUUAUUAUAGUUUGAUAGUAAAUGUCAACAAAUAUUUUUUACGACGCAUUCAGAAAACCCAAUACAUCAGUAUAAUUUGGUGAUAGUAACACAGAAGCAAUGUAUGUGUGUGCGGGGGACGGUUCAAUAAUGUAAAUGUUGUAUAGGAAGAUAAACAUUGUAGCUUAUUUGUUUAUGCUGCAACACCACGUGAGAAUUGUUUCUUUUUAUAUAUUUGCAUCUGAGGUGAAGCAAAUUCUCUAAAAUGACAGGGUUAUUCAAAGUCUCUCAUUUAGGUAUAUUUUACUGCUAACUACUGUUUUGUUUUCUAUUUAAUCAUCUCGAAACUACUGUCAUUGUGAAGCUAAACGUGAUUGACCUCGCAACAGAUCCGUCCUAUCAUGUCCAGUCUUACAGGUUUUGUUUUUCUCCUGCUUUUUAAUAUUUCUUGCACAAUCAUUUGUCUGUCUCGUUUUAAAUGUGUUGCAGGUUUUUAUUUAUUUGUGAGGUGCAGGUUCAGAGUGCAGUAAACUUGAUGCAGGUAUGCAAGUGCCUGGGUGUGAGGGUUCUGAUGUGAGGCCCCUCUAAUGUGAGGCCGGCAUCUGUUUACUGAUAACUAUUUAUAUCAACUAAUGUGUAACCAGUUGCAUCCAGUAUGUCAGUGACUCCUCUUUGCUGCACUUGAGCAGAAAGAACAUAUGUUUCAUAUGGGCUCCUAUUGAACUGCAUGUUAACACUCAAUACUAUUUAAAUCCACAGAGCUCUGUAAAGAAUGCGGCAGUUAACCUGGUUACUAUCUCUCAUUUCUUGGUGUGAGACUAAGUUCUGACUGUGAGUCAACUCAAAUAAAAAGGAGUGUGAAUACAGGGUCAUUACUCAUCUGCUGUAUGCUGUACACUGGGAGAGACUUGCCGAGCUCUUUAAUGAGGUUUUAUUGCAUCGAGGGAGGGUAACACAUUUUUUCUUGCAGUAGAACUACUGUAUAAAUAAGUCAUAGUGAAGGUUCUGUAAAUAUACAAGGUUACAUCUUUGUAUCUGCUAUGUUUCUCUCUUCUGUAUAUUUGAGGCAAUUUUAUUUGGGUUUGCCAAUAAAUUCAUAUGUUCCUCUA